AUGACCAUGGAUGCGCGGUCUCUGGCGGUGCAGCUCGUGCUGAGCCCAACGCAUCGAGUUGGCGAGAAGUGCGGCUUCAGGAUCUUCCCCGGCUCUGCGUCGUCCUGCUUCAAGAUGAUGAUGCACUUGGUGCACCCGGACAAGUGCACGGACCCCCGCGCUGGAGAGGCCUUCGGUGAGAUGCAGAGCAUGAAGAGCUUGGCGGUCGGCAGUGAUCCAGACGCUACUCGCCAGCGGCCCAUGACUGAGCUGGAGGGGCUUCUGCACUGCGCGCUGUGCAAGAUCCGAGAUCGGCUCCAGUGGCUCAACCUCAAUGAUGCCAACCUCGAGGAAGCUGAGUCGGUGCGGGAGCUCCAACGCGUCUUUGAAAGGAGGCUCUCAAAGGCUCUUGCGGAGGUUCAGGAGCAGACGGAGGAGCCGGCCGAAAAGCCGGCUGAGGCCCAGGAGGAGACGGAGGCCCAGGAGCAGACGGAGGCCCAGGAGGAGACGGAGGCCCAGGAGGAGACGGAGGCCCUGAGCCCCGAGGAGCCGGUUGAGGAGGAGCCGGCUGAGGCCCAGGAGGAGACGGAGGCCCAUGGCCCGGUAGGAGCCGGCCGAGGAGCCGGAGCAGAUGGAGACGGAGACGGAGGAGCCGAGCAGAUGGAGACGGAGGUCAAGGAGGAGGAGGUGGAGGAGGUAGAGGAGGAGGAGGAGUUUACCGAGCCUCCCGAGGAUAACCUAAAACACCAUCGCCUUGUUUGGGAGCGGACGGACGUGUUCACCAUCAGCAACGCUCUGCAGCUCGACGCCGUGCGGCGAUGCCCCGACCACAGUCUCUUUGAUGUGCUGAUGAGCCUGUUCAAGCGCUCUGUGAAUGGACCAGGCAAUGAGGGCGCCGUGGAUUCCGCUCGGGCAGAGUUCAUGAAGCAGCUGCCGCCGGAGAUUCGCAAGGAGAUCGAGAUGGGGGUCCCAGACACGCUUGUGGGGCGCUCUGCGUGCCUUCAAAAGUUGGUCCGCUACAUUGCGCGGCAUCGCCUUGAGCUGGACAUCAAGAACUUGUUCUUCCAGCUCUUGAACCGACAGAAGCCGCUGCCGCCCAUCAUGGCCACCGCCCGCCGGCGCAGCGUGGCGAAGGAGCUGAUGAUUGCCCUGGGCUUUGGGGGUGGUUUCGCAAACUGGACGAGCAAGGUGCUGCAGGACAUACCCUUGGCUUCGGAUGAGGGGGAGCGCGGCGAGGUGGCUGCUUGGCUCUACGGCUUCGAGACGGCGGCGCGCCUCUCCCACGUGGCCGUUUUUGAGCUGCUGCCACAGAAGGCCAAGGACUGGCACAUGGAGCAGGGCCGCUCCACUGCCUCGGGGGCCUUUGCCCUGUACGCCCACCACGAGAGGGUGCAGAUGGAGAAGAUGGCGGCGGCAGCGGGCAGGGCCUUCAACGACCACCAGCACGACGGCAUCGGGGCCCUCCGCUCCGCGAGCGAGGCCGUGAAGCGAGCCGUGGAUGUCGAGGUGGUCGUGCACGAGCUGGAGGACCCGUGGGCAUACGCGGCGGCGAAGUACCCCAUCUUGGAUUGGAGACUCAAGUCGAAGAUGGAGUUCUCCGGGUACCACCAACUGCUCCAGCGCUGCAGGCAGCACGUCAUACUUGGACGGGCGAGGGCAAACACCGUGGUCUUUGCGAAGCUGGCGGCGGCGCAGCUGGUCCCGGUCGUACACGUUCCGGUGGAGGGGGGUGAGAAGAGGACCACCUACGAAAGCUUCGAGAAGGGAGGCUUCUGGCUGGUGCGACACCGGGACGACUUGGGCCAGACCGUGGAAGACCUGAUGUGCAAGAUGUGUUGCCCGGUCUUCGAGACAGUCGAUGAGAACUACGUGCCGCCGCCGCCCCUCAACGAUAAUGCCUUCUUCACCGGUCUGUCCUCGUCCGUUCUGGGGCGUCUGGCAGGCACGCAGAUGGCGGACCUCGACGGCGACGAGACACGGCACAAAAUCCUCUUUUGCGACGGCAUGCUCUACGAUUUCAAGGAGCGUGUCCUCCGAUCACCGAUCCCCGCCGACCGCAUGGGCUUCCACGCGGCGGCGACCUCAGAGAUGUGGCAGCCGAGCAAGGCGACCAAGCUCUUCGAGCACAUCCUGGCUUUCUUGAAGGAGCAUCUGGAGACGGGGGUGUGUCUGCUCGAGGCCAGCGAGAAUGGCAAACAGGUCAUCGAGUGCUUCGAGGAAUUGGAGCAGGGCGGGUGCGAGAUCCUCCGCCACAUGAAGGUGUACGGGGACUGGGGCUCCGUCCUUUACGAGCUGCGUCUCAUGACCAGGGCCAUCUCCGCGACGCCGCGGUUCUGCGAGAUGUACUACAUCUGGGGAAGCCAGGAUUCCGGGAAGGACACCAAGGUGAAGAUGUUGCACGCCUUCCUCGGUCACGGCAAGGACAACUACGGGGUGCAGUCCGGGACUCUAGGCAAGCGGCUGGCCUGGGCCAGUGAAGUCCCCGAGCACUACUCGUUGGCGGAUGACUUCAUCAAGCCCUUUUGUGACAUGGAAGUCUGCCAGACAACGGUCAGCUUCACCUUGAAGCCGUCCAUGGCCACCGAGGAGCGAGCCGUGGAUGGCCUCAAGACCCGGAUAAACCAAGGAGAGUUCAACAAGUACAUCUUCUUCCUUGCGGCAAAUCUCGUGGACUCGUUGGAGAUGGAGUACAACCCAGGCACCGAGAUCAAGCCGCAGCCACCGGAGAUGAAGAUGAGCGCCAUGGACCUGGUCCCAUGUGCAGACAAGGACGAGGAGGCCAACCCCGAGGCCUUCAUGGCGGAGAUGUGUGAGCUGGUGCCCUUGAAGGAAGCAAGCCUCCACACGGAGCUGACGAUGGCGCUGAAGACCUACCUCAGCCUGGACACCUUGGGCGCGGCAAAGAGCGUGAUCUCGAAGUUGGGGAUCAAAGGACAAUCCUAUGGCCCGCGGUACAUCUCCACCUUCAAGCAAAAUGAGCGCAUGGUGGGUGUGAAGCUCCGAUCGGCAAGUAGCUCUUAG